AUGAAGACCUCCGUCAUCCUCACCCUUGUUACGCUGCUUAGCGCCGCUGUUGCCCUUCCUGCAAUUACGACAAACACCGAAAGCGUCCAUGUCGUUCAGGGAGAGAACGAGAUCGGUACCCCUAAGAUGCAUCGGAGAUCAUCGACCAGCACGAACAAGGAUAUAAUUAACGCUAUAGCUGCUCAUUUCACCGCUUGUAUGGAAUCAGAGGAGAAUAUUAGAAAAUACCCGGUCUACGACGACCGAGCUUUUGGUUUCAACUACGUUUAUACGUGUUACGGCCACCACUCGUUUAGUUUGCUCAUUACUUUAACUCGGGCUUUGUUCCAAAUAAAAUCCCUCAAGCUCGCCGUAUCACUUUGA